UUUUGAUUUAAUUUAAUGGAUGAAACAUAACGAAUGUGCUCGUCUGCUCGUAAUGCAAUGAAAUAAAAAGAAUGAAAAAAAUCUUUGCAGAUUUUUAAUGGCUUAUUUUGAAUUUUGAAAACCUCAAAAAAAUAAUAAGUUUGUAUAAAAUAUAGAUUAUCCAUAUUUUAUUGCAUACAAUACGUACCUACUUAGGUAUUUUCAUUUCACAAGUAGAUACCGAUUAGUAAGCCUGGGAUCAAUAAUUUUUUUUUAGGUUUUUAAGUUUUUUUAAAAAAUCACUAGAGGGGUUCCGGUUUUAUAUACUCAAACAGUCAAACCUACCUGUUCGGAUAUGCUCGGAAGGGUUCGUUGAGUUCUGAUUGUGUGUCGAUUAUCUGGCUUCGUAGUUCGUGCAUCUUCCCGCCUCCCGGACUCCCGGAGCAGUCUUAUCAGUGACUGAACGCAAAACGACAGUUUUUUUUGAUCCGGACAUACACAGACUACACAGAUUUGCCUUAUGUAAGAUACCCCAUCUGUUUGUUUGAAUUGUGGCUUUUUGUUACUUGAGAACUGAAGUAGGUACUUCGAUCGUUCUAUCGUUUGGAGUCAAAUAUGGUUACUUUAUGGAAUAAUGAAUUUAAUCUACGACGAUAUAGCGAAUAUAAGUAUGUUCACCCGACCAAUAAAGCUAAUAUUGUACCAAUCAAUAUACCCAGAUUGAAAGAUGUUAAGGCAUUUUCGCCUUAUUUUCCUAUCUUUUGUAAAUACCUACAUUAUGUAAUGUUUGAUGUUUUUCUUCUAUUAUCAGUGCAACGAUGCACUCGUAGUAAUCUCGUUCUAACGCUCGUAACGAGAUGAUUUUGUACAUUUUUAUCUACCAUUAUGUAUGAUUUUUGCCCUGUGUAAUUUAUACGUUCGUGAAAAUAAAAUGAAAUGGUUGCUUUUUAUAAAAGUGUGUUCGUUUUUAUAUUGAUGGUUAUAAAACCAUUAACAUGGUCCUUCGGUCGGGCCGGAUUUUGAUCCGGUAAUAUGAACUUUAAUUUUUCAAUUUUCGAAUAAUAGUGCAUUAUUCAAAUCCAACUAUGGAUAACUUAACGGAAGAACAAAAGAGAAAGCGUCGUCCAUUAUCUCGCGAUGUGAAGAAAUUAUUAAUCGAAGCUGACGAUUUAGUCAACAAGUCAACGCUCAAUUUAGAGCAAAUCAAUCUACUUGAAACUAUUGCCGCCGAUUUACGAAUUCGGCUUGAAAUGCUCAACGAUUACGAUGAUGAAAUUACCCUCGCCUUAACCGAUGAUACAAAAUCCGUCGCUUUGGAAACUGCUCUCGAAACGGAGAAAAAACUUUACGCUCCUAAACUUCGCUCAAUGGAAGCGAAAUGUAAAGCUCAACGUUCUAAAUUAGCGGGUGAUAUUAGUCGUAAUUCUAUACCAGGAUCGCCUAACGAAUCGAUGCACGCUCCUGCUUGUACUCCAAAGCUCGCCAAAAUUUCUCCACCUACGUUCGAUGGUAAUAUUUUGAACUUCCAGAAUUAUCGUGGAUUAUUCGAGAAUUUAGUUCAUAACCAAAGUGAUUUGAGUAACGUGCAAAAACUGUAUUAUUUGAAACAAUCUUGUAUUGGUGAUGCCAAAGAUUUGUUACGCGAUUUCGAGCUUGAAGAUGAGUUAUACGUCGAAGCUUGGAAUUAUAUGCUGAGUAAAUUCGAUAAUCGAAGAUUGGUAAUUCGUAUACUGUUUAAAAAGCUCAUCGGUGUGGAACCAAUUAAAACUGCUAGCCAAAUUCGCCAAUUAACUGAUGAAAUCGAUAUCGUUAUGCGAGGAUUAAAGGCCAAUAAAUUAGAAUGCGAUGGUGCCUUUUCUCGUUUUGUUUGUUUUUUGGUAUCAACCAAGUUGGAUAAUCGGACAGCCGUUGAUUGGGAGAAUUCGAUUUCAUCUAAUAAAGAGUUUCCUACCUACAAAGAAAUCGAAAAAUUCCUGCGCAAUCGUGCCUUUGUCGCGGAUGAGCGACAGGUUGAAUCUCAACAGUCUAAAUCCAAAGGUGAUAAAACGAAGUCGGAACGCAAAACUACCGCCACUGCUACCCUGUCUAAAAAACCUGUUCCGCCGAGCGUUCGUUGUGUCGUAUGCAAUAAUAAUCAUUUCCUGAAUGAUUGUUCAACGUUCCUAUCAAAAACGCCUCAAGAAAGGCACAAAAUUGUGAAAUCAUCGGAGCUUUGUCGUCUAUGUUUCAAUCCGCACCAUCAUGUCACCAAUUGUAAACGUUCGAAGUGUAAAACCUGCGGAGCUUCUCACCACUCCUUACUACACUUCAACACAACGUCGUCGAAUGAAGAUAAUGCAAAGUCUAACGAUACUGAAACUAAACCUGAGCCCAAAUCAACACUCACCGCUCACACUGGUGAUACCAAACCAACGUCGCCAAUAUCUUCAAAUAAAACUGUUUUCCUGUCUACGGCAGUGGUAAAUGUGAAAUCAGCUGAUGGUAAAGUAAUUCCUGCUCGUAUCUUAUUGGACCAAGGGUCCGAAACUUGUUUAAUUACUCGUGAUAUUUGUAAUCGCGCUAAAUUACCUGUUCUUAAAAACGAUAAUCCAAUCACGUUGAUAGGUAUCAAUGAUACUACUAAAACGCUUCAGCAUAAAACUAAAUUCGUAUUGGAAUCACGAUUUUCUAAAUUUCAAAUGAGCAUCGAGGCUGAUAUCGUUAAAAAAAUUCCUUAUAGUAUUUCUCGCCAAAAUGUAGGGAAAAUUCUUGGUAAAUUUUCUAAACUCAAAUUUGCUGAAUCUAAUGAAUUGCCUUACUCGUCGGUUGAUAUCAUUCUAGGAGCUGAGUAUGUUGAAUUUGUUCUUGGAGACCAAAGACACUUUUAUGAGGGUAUUUGUUUAAGAGAUACUCAUUUUGGUUUUAUUAUCUCUGGUUCUCAAAAGUCUUCUUUUCUUUCAACAGCUUAUUGUGGCCUAACUAAUGUUGACAUUGAACAACAAUUGAAACGAUUUUGUCAAAUUGAAGAUAUUUUUGAAUCGAAUCCUAAGGAGGCUGAAAAACCUGCCGAACAUGUCGAAAUCGAGAAACAUUUUGAAUCAACCUAUCAACGUGACUCUACUGGUAGGUUUGUAUUACGUUUACCUGUAAAACCUUCUAUUAACGUUCUGAAUGGCUCUUUCAAUAAGGCUAAAGUUAUGUUAUUGAAAAAUGAGAAAAAAUCAAGUGCAGUUCGCGAAGCUUAUUGUAAGUUUAUGAACGAGUAUGAAAAUUUGAAUCAUAUGAAAAAAAUCGAAUCUUUUGAUGUAAACUCUUAUUAUAUUCCCCACCAUAUGGUUGUUAAAAAUACUCCUACUGAUACAAAAUAUAGAGUAGUAUUUAAUGCAUCUUGUAACGAUAAGUCCGGUACCUCACUCAAUGAUCAUUUAUUAUCUGGUCCAACGCUCCAACCAGAGCUUUUUGAUAACGUAAUUUCUUUUCGCCAAUUUAUUAUCGCUUAUUGUGCAGAUAUUAAACAUAUGUACCGGCAAAUUUUAAUUCAUGCUGAUGAUCGAAAAUUUCAACGUAUUUUAUGGCGAUAUGGUUUAUCUGAUCCUAUUUCUUUAUUCGAAUUGAUGACUUUAACUUACGGUACUGGACCUGCCGCUUAUAUGGCUACAAAAUGCCUUCAAGUAAUUGCUAGAGAUAUUGAACACGAAUUUCCUAUUAUUGCUAAAAUUAUUCGCAAAGGUUUUUACAUGGAUAAUUUAAUGACUGGUGCCAAAAAUGUUGAAGCUGCUCGCGAAAUUUUGAAUUCAAUUCAUUCUACUUUAGAAUCAUAUGGCUUUCCCUUAUGUAAAUACCAGUCAAAUUCGGCUGAAUUAUUGGAAAAUAUUGAUAGUUCUCUGAUAGAACCCUUGAACUCACGUGUAUUGGGUAACGACCCUUCUAUUUACGUACUUGGCUUGGUAUGGAGCCCUCAAUCUGAUACAUUGAAUGUAAUGAUUAAUUUAACGCCGUUGCCUGAUAGUAUUACGAAACGUGUUAUGUUAUCUGAUAUUUCUCGUAUAUUUGAUAUUUUAGGAAUUUUAACACCUUUGACCAUUAGAGCUAAAUUAUUGAUGCAAGCUUUAUGGAAACAGCCUAUUGGCUGGGAUGACGUCGUACCUAGUGAUAUUAUUCAAGAGUAUUUGUCUUAUCGCAACGACUUAAGUAUUUUAUCAAAAUUCUCGAUACCUCGACCAUAUUCGUUAUUUGAGGAUGUAAAAAUCUACCAUCUGAUUGGUUUUUGUGACGCAUCUACUAAAGCUUAUUGUGCUGUAAUUUAUCUACGCAGUAUUAGCGUUAAUGGCAACAUAACUGUAACAUUUGUAUGUGCUAAAUCUCGUGUGGCACCUGUUAAGCCACCUAAUAUUCAUCGUUUAGAAUUACUCGCGGCAGUGAUAUUAUCCCAAUUAAUUUCUAGAGUAUGUAGUAAUCUUAAAAUUGAUGUAGAAAAUGUGUAUAAUUUUUCCGAUUCAAAAACGGUACUUAAUUGGAUUAAUCAUCCUGUCGAAAAACUGAAACAAUUCGUUUCAAAUAGAGUAGCGAAAAUACUACUCAAUACAUUGAAAGAAAAUUGGUUUUAUGUAGAUACCAAAUCCAACCCUGCGGAUUUGGCCACCAGGGGUAUUUCUGCUCAAAAUUUAAUUGAAAAUUCGUUAUGGACUAGUGGUCCUGCUUGGAUUAAUGAUGAUUUUGAAGAGUAUAUCUCACUCGAUUCACGCUCUUUUAAAUAUGCUUCUGAGGAAGUUCUUGAAACUUGUAAAGUAAAGUGUAGUUUUAACGUUACUAGAAUGGAGUUAGUUUCUUCAUUUUUGAAUUAUUACUCAUCCUUUGUCAAAUGUAUCAACGUUUUAUCUUAUAUUUUUCGUUUUAUUUUAAAUAUUAAAAAUCGUAUCCAGAGAAAAAAUUAUACUAACGUAAAUGAUGAUAGUACUGAUUCUGAGAAAGGUAACGUAAUUGACGAAUCUGAGAUCACAAUUGAAAACGAUAAAUUAUUAUCUGUGACUGAACGUAACGUAACUUUUAAGAAAAUUUUGCAUGAAGCUCAGAUGGAACAUUUUUCUAAAGAAUACAAUGUUUUGUUGUAUAAUAAAUUGAAUCAAAAAUCUAUCGAAUUGAAAGAAAAACCCCUCAAGUUUAUAUCGAAGAAAAGUAGUUUGUAUUCACUCAAUGUCAUUCUUGAUGAGGAUAAUUUGAUCCGAGUAGGUGGUCGUUUGUCUACUUCAAAUUUUUCCUACGAAUUUAAACAUCCUAUUGUCCUAUCAAGAUACUCUCGUUUUCUAGAACUUUUUGUCGUUCAUAUUCAUGAAAAAUAUUUUCAUGCUUCGAAAUCUUUUGUGGUUAAUUUUAUUCGAAGUAGGUAUUGGAUCAUUGGCGGUCUUACUUACUUGGUGAAAAAGGCUAUUAUUAGCUGUGUCCGAUGCGUCGAAAUUGGCUCUAGUGUAGUUCAACAAUUCAUGGCAGAUUUGCCUAAGGAACGAGUUUCUAUUUCUCGCCCAUUUUCUACCACAGGUGUAGAUUUGUCAGGAUUUUUCCAAGUAAAAUGUGUAAAUCACAGAUCCGUUAAACACUACAAAGUUUAUAUCGCCUUUUUUGUAUGCUUCACAACUCGUGCUGUGCAUCUAGAACUCGUGGAUAAUUUAUCAACCGAAGCGUUUGUGGCUGCUUUUGAACGUUUUAUCGCUCGUCGUGGGUUGCCUAGCACAAUGUAUUCUGAUAACGCCACCAAUUUUGUCGGAUUUCGUAACGUCAUUCAACAUGACAAACUUAUGGAUUGGAAAUUCAUAGCACCUCGCACCCCACACCAAGGUGGACUGUGGGAGGCUGCCGUCAAGUCAGGAAAAGCCUAUCUUCUAAAGGCUAUCGGCUCUCAAGUAUUGUCUUACAGUGAACUGAACACUGUCGUGAUUAAAGUUGAGAGCAUUCUUAAUUCUCGCCCAAUCUCCUAUCUAGCCAAUAACAACGAUAUUGAGCCCUUAACACCAGCUCAUUUUUUAAUUGGCAGUUGUCCAUUUGACACCCCUUCAUCUGACGAUCUAUUGGUGAAGUGUGGUAUUCGUUAUCGUUUGUGGAGGUCAAUUAUUGACUCGUUUUGGACCUCUUGGCGUCGAUCAUAUUUAACCUAUCUUCAAGCACGUACUAAGUGGAAGAAAAAAUUACCAAAUAUGAAGGUAGGAGAUGUCGUUAUAAUCAAAUCGCCCAACGAAGCGGUGCUUAGUUGGCCUUUAGGUCGAAUUAUUGAAACGUUCCCAGAUUCUUCGAACAUUGUUCGUAAUGUGAUGGUCAGAUCCAAGGAUGGAGUUUUUCGAAGAUCAGUUCAACAGCUAGUUCUGUUGCCUGUAAACUCUGACCAGAUUUAAUACCU